UUCGUGGUUUUGAUCCAGGCAGCCUAAACAGUCAACAGGUCAGUAAGGCAAUCACAUAGUAAUACACUCGACCCAGACUAGCCAGCUGUAAAUCCUAGGCUCUAAAUCCGUAAACUCAAGAAAACCCCUGCCGGCCGUGUCUGUUAGUACAAUCUUCGUAAACAGCACGUAAUGAUAAAGUUAUCCAUGUUGGGGAAGAGACUUCCGGCAGGGGCAUUUCUAUUUCCGUCAGGGCCUGUGUAGCCUCCCUAUACGUGUACGUCUCAACGGGAAGUAUUUGUACCCUUUUAACGCCACGUCAGUCCUGACUUCAGCCCCGCCCACUCGCUGUGAACGCGUUUCCGUUUCCGGCUAUUCCGUCUCCGCUCGUCCAGCCCCGCUGCUGAUGCCGGUGCUUUGCUGGAACCCUUGGCACUCCGGGAAGUGGCCCGGGCCUGUCUUUCGGGGUCGCGCCAUCCCUUUGCUGUUUAGGGGGGCGAGGGUGGCGACUAUGGCGGAGGCGGCGCUGCUGCUGCUGCCCGAGGCAGCGACGGAGCGGGACUCUUGGGAGAGGCUAGCUCUCUGGGAUCGGAGGCCGGACACCACGGCGCCGCUCACCGACAGGCAGGUGGACUCUGUGCUGGAACUGAAGGCGGCGGCGGAGAACCUUCCGGUGCCGCCCGAGCUCCCAAUUGAAGACUUGUGCAGUUUAACAUCCCAGCCCCUGCCCAUUUCACAGACUUCAAUAGUACCUGAAUCUACAGAAGAUAUUCUCUUGAAUGGCUUCAUUUCAUUAGGAAUGCAAGAAGGAAAAAUUGAAACUGCACAGCAGUUUUUCUCAUGGUUUGCAAAGCUUCAAACUCAGAUGAAUCAGGAUGAAGAAACUAAAUAUAGACAGAUGAGGGAUUACUUGUCUGGGUUUCAGGAGCAGUGUGAUGCUAUUUUGAAUGAUGUAAACCGUGCUCUUCAGCAUCUGGAAUCAUUGCAGAAACAGUAUCUUUUUGUGUCCAAUAAGACAGGAACCCUACACCAAGCCUGUGAACAACUCCUAAAAGAACAGUCGGAACUUGUUGAUCUGGCUGAAAACAUUCAACAAAAGCUAUCCUAUUUUAAUGAAUUGGAAACUAUUAACACAAAAUUGAAUUCUCCUACGUUGUCUGUGAAUAGUGAAGGAUUUAUACCUAUGCUGGCCAAGUUAGAUGAUUGUAUAACAUAUAUCUCAUCUCAUCCGAAUUUUAAAGAUUAUUCUGUAUAUUUACUGAAGUUUAAGCAAUGUCUUUCUAAAGCUUUGCACCUCAUGAAGAUAUACACUGUGAACACACUACAGAACCUCACAAAUCAGUUAUUAAAAAGGGAUCCUUUAUCUGUACCUAAUGCAGACAAUGCCUUCACACUAUUUUAUGUGAAAUUUCGAGCUGCUGCCCCCAAAGUCAGAACUCUUAUUGAACAAAUAGAACAGCGAUCUGAAAAAAUACCUGAAUACCAACAACUGCUAAAUGAUAUCCACCAGUGUUAUCUUGAUCAGCGGCAGCUCCUUUUGGGUCCUAGUAUUACUAGUACUGUAACUGAGUUAACGAGCCAGAAUAACAGAGAUCACUGUGCCUUGAUUCGCAGUGGCUGUGCCUUUAUGGUCCAUGUAUGCCAGGAUGAGCACCAACUUUAUAAUGAAUUUUUCACAAAACCAACAUCAAAAUUAGAUGAACUUUUGGAGAAACUAUGUGUGUCAUUGUAUGAUGUCUUCAGGCCAUUGAUCAUUCAUGUUAUUCACUUAGAAACUCUUUCGGAACUUUGUGGGAUUCUUAAAAAUGAGGUGCUUGAAGAUCAUGUACAGAACAAUGCCGAACAACUAGGAGCAUUUGCAGCUGGAGUAAAGCAGAUGUUGGAAGAUGUACAAGAGCGGCUUGUCUACCGAACCCACAUCUACAUUCAGACAGACAUUACUGGCUACAAACCAGCUCCUGGAGAUCUGGCCUAUCCUGAUAAGUUAGUAAUGAUGGAGCAAAUUGCACAGAGUUUAAAAGAUGAACAGAAGAAGGUACCUUCAGAAGCUUCUUUUUCAGAUGUUCGAUUAGAAGAAACAAAGUCUAAUAAUCUGACAAAAUCUGGUUCGAUGGAAUCUUUGAAUCCUAGACCACAGACCACAAUUUCUCCAGCAGAUCUUCAUGGAAUGUGGUAUCCUACCGUUCGACGAACUCUUGUGUGUCUCUCCAAAUUGUACAGAUGCAUAGAUAGGGCAGUGUUCCAAGGAUUAUCACAGGAAGCCUUAUCUGCCUGCAUUCAAUCGUUACUUGGAGCAUCAGAAUCUAUCAGUAAAAACAAGACUCAGAUUGAUGGACAACUUUUCUUAAUAAAGCAUCUUUUGAUUCUUCGUGAACAAAUUGCUCCAUUUCACACUGAAUUCACCAUUAAGGAAAUUUCCCUGGACCUCAAGAAAACUAGAGAUGCAGCAUUUAAAAUCCUGAACCCUAUGACUGUUCCGAGAUUUUUUAGGCUGAAUAGCAACAAUGCCUUGAUAGAGUUCUUGUUGGAGGGUACUCCUGAGAUAAGAGAACAUUUUCUUGACUCCAAAAAAGAUGUGGACCGUCAUCUGAAAUCGGCCUGUGAGCAGUUUAUUCAGCAGCAGACCAAGCAGUUUGUAGAGCAGCUGGAGGAGUUCAUAACAAAGGUUUCAGCAUUAAAAACAAUGGCCAGUCAGGGAGGACCCAAGUACAGUCUCUCUCAGCAGCCUUGGGCACAACCAGCAAAGGUCAGUGACCUUGUGACAAAUGUCUACAAGACAAUAAAAGUAAAGCUGCCUCUGACUUUGAGAAGUAUGUCAUUAUACCUAUCCAAUAAAGAUACCGAAUUCAUCUUGUUUAAACCUGUUAGGAAUAAUGUUCAGCAAGUCUUCCAGAAGUUCCAUGUUUUGUUAAAGGAAGAGUUCAGUCCUGAAGAUAUCCACAUCAUUGCUUGUCCUACCAUGGAACAGGUGAACCUCCUGCUGUCAGCUUGUAAAUAACCAGGCCAGGCCAGUCGGGCAGUGCUUGAAAAUUGUCUGGCAGGAGUGGCUGAAAGGUCAUGAGACCUGCAGGACACUUGAGGAAUUGUGCGUAGGAAUGUCCCUGAGAACCACACAAGUGUGCUACUCAUUGCUGACUGCAGAAUGAAAUAUAAGGAGAGUGUUUAAAAAUUGGUGUUUCGAUUUUAAAACAUCAAAAUGCCAAAGAUUAAUGUAUGAGCAGCAAUAACUGCAUCAUUAAAUGGUUUCAAGAAAUGUACGUUUUUAAGAGGUAACUUAGGUGAGCAUGCAGCGAGAUGGUUCUUAGCAAAAGAUGUGCAAUGAAAAUAAGUUGCAGUAGGUAGAGCAGAGAAGAAUUUUUAUGGAAACACAGUUAAUUAGAAAGCUUCUCGAGUAAGGUUUGUUAAAGUAUACAACACUGCAACACUUCUAACCACUGAGCAAGCAUUCCACAGUGACUUUUUACUUCCAGAAAUGUUAUUUCUACACUCAAUGUAAUGUUUCUCCUAUCACUUUGAAGUUUAGUUUGGAGUAGAUUGGAUGCUUCUGAGAACACAUUCUGGUUUCCUGGGAAUUCAGGGUGUUAUCUUCCUGUGUCUUUAAAAUUUUUUUUAUUAUUGUUUGAAUAUAUUGGGGUGACAUUGGUUAAUAACAGGUUUCAAGUAUACAAUUCUAUAAUAUAUCUAUACACUGCAUUGUGUUCUCACCACCCAAAGUCAGGUCCCUUUUUGUCACCAUUUAUUCCCCUUUUGCCUUCUUCUACUUCCCCCAACCCCUUUUUCCUGUGUUCUCGAUGUGAGUUAGUUCCAAGAUGCAAGGACCUCAUGUAAGGUUCCCAAGGAAUACAGAUACUGUAUUCCCAGAUAUACAGAUACAGUAUCUGUAUUCCUUGGAUUGCUUAGGUAUAGAAUGUUCAAGAACAGGAAGCUACAUUCUCUUCACAGGUGGUGUCUUUAGUAAGAAUCUUCAUGGUGCUGCAGUUGGCAUUUGUAAUUGAGAAGUACCAGUUAAGUACCAGUGUUAAUCUGGUACAUAAAGGAGAGAAGGAAACCUGAUGACUAAUGUAUCUCCUGUGUGAAGGUCAGGGUUGCCAGCCUUCUGUACACUGCCUUCAGUUUUAGUAGUUCUUUGAAGAGCAAACACUUUCAAGUCCUGUAUAUUCAAUGGCUAUGCUGUGUGCCUGCUACAGUGAGUAAGUUUUACUAACAAAGACAAGGAGGGUGAAGAUGGCCCACCCCUAAAACCUGCCACACUAUAUCAGGGAUCACCAAAUAAAUUAUUCACUUCUGUGAGUUGUCCUACAAAUAGCUAUUUCCUUAUGGGGUUGGUUUUGCCAUUGACGUCAUAGAAAAUGUAGCUUGGUUUUUGGUUCAAAAGGAAUUUUGAGUUAUUCCAACACUAACCUAGAGAUGGAACAUUGGUGAGUGUUCUGGAAUGUAGCCAGCAGACCUCAUUCUAGGUGACUUGCAGCUUUUCUCAUCCCCUUAAACCAGACCCUGAGUGUGUAGAUAGGUUACAUGUCUGUCAUUUUAAACAGGUCACUUGCUUUCAGCUCACUUUAAAUUGGUGUUGGAUGUUGUUUAAUAGAGCUUAAUACUCUAUUUUGGGAAGGUAGAAGGUAAAGAGGGUUUAUAUUCAUUCAUUGACAUGAAACAAAUGAAAUAAAAAGAUUGGAUUUACUUCCACCUAGUAUUUAAAAUACAAGUUUAAUGAAAUAAACUGUAAAAUACCCAUUUUUGUGUAUUAUAUUGUAUAUUUGAUUUUUAAAAAGCCUUUCCAAAGAAAUGAGGGCAUGAUUAUUGUACUAUAGUAUGAUUGAUUUAAUUUGGUGUACAGAGCAGAGUGUGUUCUUAAGGAGAAGUGUUUGACAGCACUUGGUCUUGUGUUGAAUCUUUUAUUUCUGAAACACGCAAAUACCUUACAAAAUGCUGAGUAGGUGAUAGUGGUCCAACUUAUUUGCUAAAUUAAUAUUUGUUUAAAUCUGUACAGUUUCAAGUGUUUACUCAUGUAAAGAGUGUACAUACUUUUAAAUAAUUUAAGAGCCUUUAUAUUAUUUGGCUAGAAAUUGCUGUUUUUAAAAAUGUGAAUUUUUUUAAAAAUAAAGAUUUUUGCUUCCUA